CAGAGGUAAAGGGUGAAUGCCCUUUUUGCCCACGUACAACCCAGUCCCUCUCCCACUUAUAACCUUUGUCUUUAUGAGUUUGCUUUAAUCGCCUCCUGUGGACAUCAUGAAUCUCUUCUCUCUGCUUAUCCUGCUUGUUAUCCUGGUUGUUACACAGGCCAAACACAAACCCAAAGAAAAGAAACAUGAGUCCGCACUUGUUCUAACAGAGAGUGGGGAGCUGUGUCACUUUCCAUUCAUUUAUGGCCGUAUGGUAUACAGAUCUUGUAUCAGAAGAGGGAAGCAUGGACCUAAACCAUGGUGCUCUCUCACUCGGAAUUAUGAUCUAGACCAACGUUGGUCAUAUUGUAUUGAGAAGCACAAAGUGACAGACCACUGUGAGGAUGAUGAUCCAUGUGAACCCAGAGGGGUUUGUGAGAGCAAGUUAAAAGGUUACCAUUGUGUAUGCAAAGAACCCUAUACAGGUCGCCACUGCCUAAUAGAUAAGUGUUUUGAUAAAACACUUCAACAGUACUUUGAGCCUAAAGAGAAAUGGCUGAGAUACACACCUCCCAUCCUAGAGGAAUGUACAUGUGGUCAGAAGGGGAGCGUUUGUAAGCCAACAAAAGGGAAAGCUUGUGCUAUAAACCCAUGCCUCAAUGGAGGGCACUGCAUUCAAGAUAAGAGGACCACAGUGUGCGGCUGUGUCCAGGGACAUAUAGGCCCUCACUGUGAAAUACGUCCCAGUGAAAUAUGUUACAGCGGAAAUGGAACCAGCUACAGGGGCACUGCCAGUGUAACAGUGACAGGACUAUCCUGCUUGCCUUGGGACUCUGAUAUAAUUCAUCACGAGGUUUCCCAUUACAGUGGCUUUAAAGCAAAGGACUAUGGCAUUGGACCACAUCCAUAUUGCAGGAAUCCUGAUGGAGAUACACAGCCUUGGUGCUUCAUACUAAUUGAAGAGAGACUGAGCUGGGAACAUUGUCUCAUCCCAAAGUGCAAUGUGAUCACAGCUAGCACUUUACAACCACAGACCAGUAAACCAGAAACCCCUUCUCUAGGACCAACCUCUUCAACCAGCAGAUAUGAUCCCCCACCAAAUACAACCGCCAAGAUGGACAGAAGCAGAGGCAUGCCAACAAGCUGUGAGAAGAAGUUUCAGAAAACUCCUUCCAUAACCCCACGCAUUGUAGGGGGACUCGUUGCACUUCCUGCAUCCCAUCCUUAUGUAGCAGCUCUGUAUAUCAGCAGUCACUUCUGUGGUGGGUCACUCAUCUCCUCUUGCUGGAUUCUAACUGCAGCUCACUGUUUAGAACAACGGCCAAAUGUGAAGGAGAUCACUGUGGUAUUAGGGCAGAGCUUGUUCAACACAACAGACACACGGACAAGGACAUUCCAAGUGGAGAGAUAUAUCCUCCAUGAGAAGUAUGACGAAAAUACCUUUCAGCAUGAUAUCGCUCUUGUGAGGCUGAAGUCAACAACAGAUGCCUGUGCUGAAUUCACACAAUUUGUGCAACCUAUUUGUCUUCCUCAAAAUGUGGCUGACAGAGUGAAGCAAUGUACAGUGGUCGGGUGGGGCCACCAGUACCAUGGGGCGGAUGAAUAUGCAUUGUUCCUUCAGGAAGCCCGUAUACCAAUAAUCCCUAACACACAAUGCCAGUCUCCUGAUGUUCAUGGUAAUAAGAUGCUGUCGGGGAUGAUGUGCGCUGGUGUCAUGGCAGGAGGGGUCGAUGCAUGCCAGGGAGACUCUGGUGGUCCUCUUGUAUGUGAGGUAGAUGGAAAAAUUGAGUUACAUGGUAUCGUAAGCUGGGGGUCUGGCUGCGGUGAGGAAAAUAAGCCUGGCGUGUACACUGAUGUGUCCAGCUACAUUGACUGGAUUCUAAAAAAUCUUAACUGAGAUCAGCGGAUUUACCAGUUCCAAAGCUGGACGCCGGAAGCUUUCAACAAGAAACUGUGUGCCCUACAUUUUUGUGAAAUUUGUUGACCAAGUAUCAUUCAGAAAACAAGACAAGUGUUAUUCAUUUCAUAUCAUAUAAUAAUACCUUUGAUAUAUAUCCAUUGUUUUGAUGCAAUUAUUUGGUUAAUGAAAUUGGACCUUUAAGAGCAGGUAUCGUAGGAUCACCCGCAAAAAGCAAGCCAUACAUUUUCCUGCCAAAACAUCAUGUGUUGCAUAAAUAUAUCAAAAUACAUUAUGCUUACAUCUGUGUUUAUUGUCUAGGUGAGCGGGUUGUUAAUGCAUUUCACUCAGUGGGACAGAAGGUAAAAAUGUUUUUGAUCAAUGCAUUUGCUAGCAAUUUGGCUUGAGCAAUAAAGGUGAUGUUCUUCACAUAAA